CGUCACUUUUAGCCAGCCAUCAUGGCGGCGCCGUGUACGCGAGCACUGGGUUCUUUUCUCACAAAAUGUGGGACAUCUUGUUCAAGAGUCUCGUCACAGGCGAAUCGGCAGGUACCCCGGAGACAGAUAUGCACAAGUGCCAUCAUGCACAGGAAGAACUUGGCUGCCGCUGGCCCCAAAAAGUUUACGAUGGAGUUUAUCGAGAAGCAGGUGGAGGAAUUCAAUCUCGGCAAGCGGCACCUGGCCAACAUGAUGGGAGAGGACCCUGAGAAUUUCACUCAAGAGGACAUAGAUAGAAGCAUCGCCUACCUUUUCCCCUCGGGCUUGUUUGAGAAGAAGGCGCGGCCCCUCAUGAAGCAUCCGGAGGAAAUUUUCCCAAAGCAGCGAGCUGUCCAAUGGGGGCCGGACGGGCGGCCGUUUCACUUCCUGUUUUACACAGGCAAACAGGCUUACUACAGUUUAAUGCACGACACACAGAGUAAAAUCGUCAACAUCGAGAAGCAUCAGGAUCGUCUGCGUGUCAAAGGACUCUUCGACCAGGACGUCAAGCCCAUCCCCCUCGGCACAAGCAGGUGGCUCCUGAAGGAGGAGCUGGAGGAGUUGCUGGUGGAGCCCAUUUCCGUUCAUGAUUAUACUCGCUUCCUUCAGCUAAUGGAGCGGCUGCUGUCUCUGCCUUACUGCGCCAUGGAGGAGCAGUUUGUCCUCCGUUACCGCCAGGAACUCCAGACUCAGUCCAGGAAGCAGACAAUCCCACCUCUGGAGAAGGACGAAAAGGGCCUGGCUUUUAGCGCUUCACAAGGACGAAGAAAGUCAUCCAACGCCUCGGUGGUUCUGAGAGAUGGCGGCUCUGGAAGUGUCACCGUUAACGGGCUGAGCUACGUCCGGUACUUCAACGUGUUACAAGACAGAGAGCAGCUGAUGUUCCCGCUCCAGUUCAUGGGCAUGCUGGGACGCUUUGACGUGGAGAGCAGCGUGAGCGGUGGCGGGCGCUCCAGCCAGGCGGGGGCGCUGCGACACGCCAUCUCCCACGCCCUAUGCAGCUUUGUUUCUGAGAGAGAGGUUGAGAUCAUGAGGCAAGCUGGUCUUCUGACUUCUGAUCCCAGACUGAGGGAGAGGAAGAAGCCCGGUCAAGAAGGUGCUAGGAAAAAAUUCACCUGGAAGAAACGUUGAGGGUGGACCAGAACUUGUGAAAUAAUGACAAGCUAGUCAUUAGGAAACUUGACAAAUGGAACUGAGAUGGGCUCCGAUUCCGAAAACGUUAUCAUUCAUGACGGAACAUGAGUCAUUUGGCUCUCAGCCAGCAGGUGCUUGUGUCCAAAACGACUUGGAUUAAACUACUGUAACUGUUCUGCAUAUUUUUGAAAAGAAAUAAUGUCGAUCCAAUUCCAA